GAACUAUCUGGAAUGAACUCUCAGGUCUCGAUGGCGUUGCCCUCGCCGCAUCUGCUGAGGUUGAUCGUGAGCUGCCGUAAGAUUGCGGUGGAGGUCACCUCUCCCCGGACCUCCACCAUCGUCGCCAUGGCGUCCUCCGACGAGCCGGAGUUUUUGGUCCAGAAUCACGCCCGGAACAGCCGUUUCCCCCGCACUCGGAUCUCCUGGGACGCCCGCGUCGCCGCUCGGGUCGGCGAGAAGCUAGCCCUCCGCCUCCGCGACCUCGGCGUGUCCUCCGUAGAGAUCGACCUCGGCGAGGAGCUCUCCCGACCGGCGCACUUCCGCCGCCCCGCUGCCUCUCUCCUUGGUUCCGUAGCACGCGCCGGCGUCCACGUCGCCGGAUUCGACAAACUACAUUACCCCUAGGAAGUUGUUCAAUCUGUUCCAAACCUUCCAAGAAGUUGUGCUGGCAAAUCAAACUUUGGAACCUUAUAAAAGUUGAAAAUGCUGUAGCUUCUCUGGAAAAAGAGUAGCCACCCUCCUCUUCGGUGCAUCAAUUAAUAGUACUCAUUGUUUCCACAUGGAUGCUCAUCAUUCAUACACCAUCAUUCAUACGCCAUGCUCAAUGCGCACUAUCCCCCCAAAGCUGGCACUAUCAUGGCAAGUAAACUCAAAUUUAUUGUCUAUCUUCUAUCUCUGUUCUAUGUCCAAAACACAACUUUAGCGAGGAAACUUUAAUUUAGAAGUAAUAAAAUUUGAGAAGCUUUGCAUGUUGAUCA